AUGCGUGGGCUUAUCAGCUUGUCGCUAUUGCCGCUGCUGGCGUCAUCGGCACCAACCUUCAACACAGAGACCAUUCACGGUGAUGCAGCUCCUCUCCUCACAUCUUCGAACUCAGAGGCUAUCCCAGACUCAUAUAUCGUCGUCUUCAAGAAGCACGUCACUGAGGCCUCUGCCUCAGAUCACCACAGUUGGGUGCAGAACAUCCACUCGGAGAGCGAGAACGUCCGAUCAGAGCUCAAGAAGCGAUCUCAAUUCCCAAUCACAACAGACAUCUUCGAGGGUCUGAAGCACACAUACAACAUCGCUGGCGACUUCUUGGGAUACUCCGGACACUUUGAUGACGAAGUCAUCGAGAAGGUCCGAAGGCACCCUGAUGUUGAGUACGUUGAGAAAGACUCCGUUGUUCACACUCUUGGUGAUGAUGAGGGAGAGCUUGAGAGGAACGCCCCAUGGGGUUUGGCCCGUAUCUCUCACCGAAAAGGCUUGACCUUCUCAGACUAUAACAAAUAUCUAUACGCCGCUGAUGCGGGUGAGGGAGUCGACGUUUACGUUAUCGACACCGGAACCAACACUGAGCACGUAGACUUCGAGGGCAGAGCACACUGGGGCAAGACUAUCCCAGCCAACGACGCUGAUGAGGAUGGAAACGGACACGGAACUCACUGCUCUGGUACUGUUGCUGGUCACAAGUAUGGUGUUGCCAAGAAGGCCAACGUCUACGCCGUCAAGGUCCUCAAGUCCAACGGUUCUGGAACCAUGGCCGAUGUUGUUAAGGGUGUUGAGUGGGCCGCCAACGCUCACACUGACAAGGCUAAGAAGGGAAAGAAGGGCUUCAAGGGAUCUGCUGCCAACAUGAGUCUCGGUGGUGGUAAAUCUCCAGCUCUUGAUCGUGCCGUUAAUGGUGCUGUUGCCGCUGGUAUUCACUUUGCUGUCGCAGCUGGAAAUGACAAUGCCGAUUCUUGCAACUACUCUCCAGCUGCUGCUGAGAACGCCAUCACUGUUGGUGCAUCUGCUCUCGAUGACUCCCGAGCAUACUUCUCCAACUACGGACCUUGCAACGAUAUCUUCGCCCCAGGAUUGAGCAUUCAAUCUACCUGGAUUGGCAGCAAAUAUGCCGUCAACACCAUCUCCGGUACCUCCAUGGCCUCUCCUCAUAUUGCUGGUCUCUUGGCCUACUACUUGUCUCUCCAGCCUGCAUCCGACUCCGCAUAUGCCGUUGCCGAAAUCACACCAAAGAAGCUCAAGGAGAGCGUUAUCAGCAUUGCCACCAAGGGUGCUUUGUCUGAUGUUCCCUCAAACACCGAGAACGUCUUGGCUUGGAACGGAGGUGGUUCAUCCAACUACUCUUCUAUCAUCAAGGCUGGUUCAUACACCGUCAAGAAGGCGGCCAAGACCGAGCUCCCAACUACCAUUGAGCUUUUGGAAGAGGCCAUUGAGAACGACUUCAAUGUCAUUUCAGGCGAGAUCGUCAAAGACACUAAGACUGUCGUCUCCAAGGCGGGCAAAGUCUCAAAGAAGAUUGAGAAGAUGGUUGAGGAGGAACUCUCUCACUUCAUGGAGGAGUUGAACAUGUAA